UUUGGUACAAAUUAAUGAAAUAGGAAUAUACAUUUAACGUGACAUAUGUUUAUGAAAACUUGUGAGCUUUACAGAGUAUUAUAGUAAUUGUAUGACAGCAAACGAUAUUUGACCGAUAUUUUUAAGACUAUCAAUACUUCUGUUAAUGUAAAGUGAUACACAGAUACGUAUAACAUAACCUAAGUUUACUGAGCGGGUUUAAUUUUAAAUACAAUCGCAAGAAUGAAUAAUUCAAUAUUGAUGCAAAAACAAGUAAAAGAUAAUGCGGAAGAUUUACAAAAAGAAUUUCUGGACAUGAAAAAUUGGGAGGAACAAAUGAAGCGUAAAGAUGAAGAACUGAGGAAAGAAGCAAGUGGCCAGGCCAUCUUACCACCUGUCAGAAGCAAACCUAAAAAUAAAGCAAAGAAUGCUCCCACAAAACAAAAUGGAAUUGACUCUAAAACAAAACGAAUUAAAUCUUAUGAUUAUUCUGCUUGGGAUAAAUUCGAUGUAGAUAAAGCAUGUAAAGAGUUAGAUAAAGAAGAACAAUCAGAUGAUUCUGAAGAUGAAACUGUGUCCAAGGAAGAAUUAGAAAAAGCUCACCAAGAAGCCACAAAACAUAAAACUGAAGGCAAUACUUUUGUACAACAGCAACAAUGGACUAAAGCUAUUUCAUGCUACAGUGAAGCUAUAAAAGUUUUUCCAUAUGAUGCUGUGUUUUAUGCAAAUCGAGGACUUUGUCAGUUAAAGUUAAAUAAUUUUUACUCCGCAGAAUCAGAUUGCUCUGCAGCAAUACAGUUGGAUGAAACUUAUGUAAAAGCAUAUCAUAGGAGAGCAACAGCCAGAAUGAAUUUGAAACAAUACAAAGAAGCUAAACAAGAUUUAGAAAAAGUUUUAAAACUGGAACCUUCUAAUAAAGAGGCCAAGAUACUGCUUGCUAAAACUGAAAAACAAAUUAAGGUUUCAGAAUCACCUGCAGUGGACGAAUGUACAAAAAAAUUACCAGAAAAAUCAAUUGAAAAGGAGAUUGGUAAAAAGAUAUGUACCAAUACUGUAUCAGAAACUCAAGCAGUAAAUACUAAAAAUAUUAAGAAUGAACUUUCCAAUGACAAUGAAACAGAUAUUAAAAAUAUUGAAGAUAGUACAUGUAGUAUCUCUGUAGCUGAUAAAAAAGAUGGUGCAGAAGAUGCUGCUAUAAUAAAGCAAGGAAGGGAUUCACGUAUUCCUGAUUGGUUGCCAGAAAAAGAUGAUGUUGCUGUAAUUGAACCCAUUAAAAAGCCACCUCAUUUACGUUCAAAAAAAUCAUUAACAAGAAUACCAGUUGAAGAAGUAGAAUUUGGCACUCUUGAACAUAAUUAUGAUAAAGAUAAGAUAGAACAUAAUGAAAGUGAACCUGUAUUGAUUAAGGAAAUUAGUACAGAUAAUAAUGUCAUAAAAAAGGAUAAUCCUGUUAAAAGUUCUGAAAUUAUAGAAAAUAUACCGCCAGUUCCUAAAACAGCUGUACAAUUUAUAAUGAACUGGAAGACAAUUAAAUCAUCCGAACUUAAAUAUAAAUAUUUAAAGCAAUUAUAUGGAAACUCGUUACAUGAAAUAUUUCAAGACUCAAUGGAAUCAGAUAUUUUUAGUGAAAUAUUGGAAGUUUUGAAGACAGAAUUUAUUAAAAGAAAAGAGCAAAUUAUAUUUUCUUAUUUAAAAGAUCUCAGCCAAGUUAAACGGUUUAGAGCACUUAUCAUGUUUAUUAGUAAUAGUGACAAAGAAAAUUUAAGGAUACUUUUCAAAUAUUGCAAAGAGGUUGAGAAUGUUUUCCAAGAAGAACUUAAAACUGUAGAAGACAGAUAUGAAAUAUAAAAAUAAAGUUGUGAUAUUUAAUUCCGUUUAAAGUAAAGUAAAAAUAAGUCAUACAAGAUA